CUCUCUUAAACUUGAUAUUACAAUUUUAGAGAGUGAUGUUCUUGAUAGCUGUAUUUGCACUCUAUUCUUCUAGAGUGCAUUGUGUGGAAUAUCAGAAUUCAUCAUUUAGUGACUCAUCACAACAAAACAGUACACAACUAUCAGAUGAAUCUGAUUUUAUUUUAGCACCAGAGUUACAGGAGAGAUAUAAAGAAUUAGAUGCACUUCGGCAUGGUACUCGAAAAAGGCGGGAAAAUUCCGCAAUCAACACUCCUGAGGAUUUUAUGCGCCCUGAAGAGCUGGCAGAACGCUACAAUUUGACACAAAACCAUUCAAUAUUCGAGAAAAGAGCUGCGGACGAACUUAUCAUGGAACUAAUGAUAUUUAGUGAUCAAUCAUUUUAUGAAUAUGUACGAGAAAGAAAUCCUGGUUUUUCUGAGACUGAAAUUCAGGCCCAGAUGUCAAGCAUGAUUCAGACUAUUGUUCAGUCAGUCCAGAUGUAUUUUGAUGACCCCUCCUUAGAUAUGGGUUUAGAAAUACGGAUAGUUGACAUUAUUCAGUUGAAAGACAGGGAUCUAAUCCCUGCGGGAGAUAUCAAGGUCUACCUGGAAAAUUUCUGUAACUACCAAAGGAAGCAAAAAACUUGGAGGUCUGGACGCUGGGAUCAUGCGCUUCUUUUAACAGGAACUGAUCUAUACACUACAUUUGGCAACCAACAAAUGAACGGAAGUUCUGGGAUGGCUUAUCUAUCUGGAAUGUGUAGUGCGGAAUAUAGUUGUACAAUUGCAGAAGCUAGAUCUUUAGGUUCAACUUCUCUUAUAGUGACUCAUGAACUGGCACACAACCUGGGAGCUGAUCAUGACGGGGAUAGAGACAACAGAGAAUGUAAGAGAGAAGGUUAUAUUAUGGGACCAAUGCUUGGACCUGGGGCCAACACAUGGUCGUCAUGCACUCAAAGGCAAAUAAAUGACUUUGUGAAGAGUCUUCCAAACUUCAGAUCAGGCAACUGCCUGGACAACACUGUUACAGGAGGGCUAGUUUAUAACAAGCAAGAAAUGCCGGGGAUAAAGUUUGAUGGCGAAGCUCAAUGCAAUUAUAUGUACGGAAAAGAUUGGCAUUUUUAUACCGGCGCUAUAGGCCCCAGUCAAAUAAAUGACCCUUGUGAAUCUCUCUGGUGCCGAUUUAGAUAUCAGCUCAAAACUCCGAAUGCCCCAGCUCUGCAAGGAACUGAAUGUGGAAUAGGAAAAGUUUGUUACAGAGGGGGUUGUCGCAGCGCGAGCGAGAUCAUGUCUUCAGAACAAAUAAUUGAACAAAAUAUACCAACAACAAGAACUACAGAAACAACAAGAACAGCUCAACCAACCACAACAAGAUCAACAAGAAGACCAUCAGAAAGAGAACAAGCUAUCUGUGAAAUUAUGAGAUUCUUUAAUCGAAACUGGCCUGGAUGCAAUUAAGACUAUCACAUCUGUUUUUUAUAUUUUGAGACUAUAUAUAGACAUGACUUCAAGUGACUCUUUAAUCAAAGAGUUGAAUUCUAAUUCACAAUGAACCCACUACUUUAUGUAAUCAAUAAUGUGUUUAAUUCUGAUUAUUUCAUGCAUUAUUUUCUGUUGCAGAAACUCGCCGGUCACUUUUAUAAAAAAUUGAAAGUUAUCAAUUUUCAAAAUCUAAAUCUUGGUCCUAUGCAUUGCCUAUUCAUUACCGGACUUGUGUCUCUUUAAGUAUAGGGUCACUUGAAUUACAUCAACUGUCUCUUUAAGUAUAGGGUCACUUGAAUUACAUCAACUGUCUCUUUAAGUAGAGGGUCACUUGAAUUACAUCAACUGUCUCUUUAAGUAUAGGGUCACUUGAAUUACAUCAACUGUCUCUUUAAGCAUAGGGUCACUUGAAUUACAUCAACUGUCUCUUUAAGUAGAGGGUCACUUGUAUUACAUCAACUGUCUCUUAAGCAAUUCACAGCUGUUUAUAAUUAUUUAAAUAAUUGUUGAUAUUAUAUAUUUCAGAACAACA